AUGGCAAGGUUUGGUUCUUUUCUCGUCUUAGCUGCAUCCUGUGCAGUGGCCACAGAUGCUGCAACGAUUACGACGGUAUACCCCAACCGGGGUUCAACGGAAGGUGGAACUUACCUUGUCAUCAGCGGCUCUGGAUUCAUGAUGCCAACUGAGGCUAACCCCUGGGAUUCUCAGGUCGUCUAUGUUGGGUCUAAGAUCUGCAACAUCAUGGCACAUUAUACGUCAUCGACGCAAAUUGUUUGUAUGACGACGCCUCACGAUGUGGUUGCUGAGAGCUCCGAGUCAUUGACUGUCAGUGUACAAAUCUUUGGCGGCCUCGGACUUGCUUCGUAUGCAUCCAAGAGCAGCGCGUUUCAGUACCACUGGCAGGAUACCGCCCUGAUCCACUGGGCCAACCAUUGGGCCGGUACGGGCGGCGACAUCAUGGAAUUUGGUGGAGAUAUCCCUGCUGGUGCAACCUCUGCUGGUCAGUUCGAGAUCCGUGUUGGUGAUGCAUGGUGCCACGUCGAUGAAGAGGUGUGGCCAUUGUCAAACCGAAGAAGGAGCUGGACAAAGCAAGUAAGUUGCCAGCUACCCGACGACGACCUGCUGAUUCCUGGAUAUUACAAUGUGACCAUUCGGGUCAACAGCUUGGACAGAGCAGAUGGCGCCUGUCCGAACAGCUUGUGUUUUCCAUACACGGAGGAACAGGCUGGAACACGAUACGGGCAUGGAUUCGCAGCAAUCGUGAAUCCGCCUCCUUCAGAUUCGAACGGCAAGUUGAACAGGGUAUGGGGCGGCAUGUUGGACAUCGUGACAGGACACACAUACCACUUUACGGUAUAUCCGCAGGUCAACUCGAUUGAGCCAUUGGAAGGUGGCCUUUAUGGUGGCAACAACUUGACGAUCCAUGGAUCUUCGUUUGCUGCAGAGAUGGAGGGCAAUCAGGUGACAGUCGGGGGCGUUCCCUGUGAGGUUCUGGAGGCCACAACAGACACCAUUGUGUGCAGGCUCGGCCAGUGGAAUGACGCAGCGGAUCGUGGCGAGACAGUCCGUGGGCUCCAUUACAACAGAUGGAGCGAUCGGCGUCGCCGGGCGCAGUGGGGCAUCAACAACAUCCCGGCCAAGGAGGCCAGGGGCGAUGCCUUCGAGACCGGCUUUCUGAAGGCCUCUCUGUUCCAAGUUGCGACAAAAGAGCCGUGGGACGUUGACCCGGGAAUCGAUCGCACACUGCUGGAGUUAGAUGGUUUCUUCAUACCGCCUCUUGAAGCGAACUACAGCUUCUACGUUUGUGGCGACGAUGCUGCGACUGUGGAGAUCGGUGAAGAUGCGGGUAUGCCACACUCCACACUUCGCACUGUGGCAUACUUUGGAGAAUGGGUGUCUUCGGGCGACUACGGGAUGAUUUCGCCUUUCUGCUGGCCAGCCAUCGGACAGGCUGUCAGCGCAGGGAGGAAAGGCUGUGCCUCCUUCAGGUACUUCCGCGAAGAUGUCGCGUCUGGCGACUUCACAGGAGCAUACUGCGUGGUGGGUUUGGGGAAGCAGAUAGAUCUCAUGUUCAAUGCAGGCGACGACAAAAAGAUCUCUGAUGAUGUGCGGUUGACAGCUGGUGAGCAGUUGCCUCAAUCCUGA